UUAAAACCACCCUUUAUUUGAGGAGAUCAUACUACCCAAUUAAGGUUUUCAUGUGCUUCGAACCGGCAAACGCAUCAGGCGGUAGGUCCGCCCACGUACAGACUGACGAAGUCGAAGAAGACGGGGCAGUGGCGAGGAUGUCAUCGACGAUGGCACAGGCUAUGAUGCUCUCGGGCUACGGCCAGGCUGGUCAGGAGACGUCCACUACGGUCUCGGCCUUGACCCAUAUAUUCCCUGGAGAGCGGGUGCCUGGGGGAUUGGCUGGGGAGCUGGUGCCGCCAGGUUGUUGGGGAUCGGUUGGUUCGCCUUCUUCUUCGCAUCCUUGGGGUGGUCAGGGUGGCGGCGGUGGUGGGCAGAAAAGAACGAGAGAGGAGCUACCACCCGAGUUGGGGAUGAGGUAUGAUCAUCAUGGUUAUGGUCAGUUCGACAGAUAUCAUGGGGAGACAUCACCAAAUGUUAUAGCAACAGAACAUAGCCAGCAGAGCCCCCUGACCAGUAUCCAAGCUCCAGCCAUGGAAGAAUUUUCCCCUUCCUCCUACCCGGCAGGAGCGAGGGAGGCUGCACCAAGGAGGCGAUACAGGGGAGUCCGGCAGCGCCCUUGGGGCAGGUGGGCGGCCGAGAUCCGCGACCCCCACAAAGCAGCUCGUGUGUGGCUCGGCACCUUCGACACAGCUGAGGCUGCUGCCCGGGCCUACGACGAGGCCGCCCUCCGCUUCCGAGGCAGCCGAGCCAAGCUCAACUUCCCCGAGGACGCCCGCCUUCCCUCGAUGCCUCCCUCUUCUCCUCCAGCAAACUCGAAUGCAACUCUUAGCUCUGAUGCAUCGAGGGACUACUUGGAGUACUCGAGGCUAUUGCAAGGGGAUGGGAAGUACCAGAGGCUUCCACCGACGAGCCUUUUGGAUCGGUUCAUGUACCCCAAUCAUCCUUGGGCAGUGCCUUCCACGACAAUUGAUGCUUCUUUAGCUUCGCGUUCCUUGCAAACGUCUUCCUCUGUUUUUGCUUCCGCUUCUCCUUAUCCCCAGUUGUAUACUUCGGAGGCAACAGCGUCGGAGAACUUGGUUAGGGAAGGUGGCUCUGCGUUCCAGACGCCGUAUUCGACUGAUUCCAGCCAGCUACCGCCACCCACUUCUGAGUAGGAUUUUUAAUUUUUUUUUUUUUAUUAAAGGGUUGUUGUCGUUGUUGUCGCUUUUUGAAGUGGGGUGGCGCUCCUUCCGGUUUACAGGGGCAUCUUCUCUCUUCCACUGUUCAUUCUCUCCAGUCUAAUUGGCUGUAAAGGCCGUGUUUCCGCUUGUUAGUUAUUCUUUUCAGCAAAGAACAACAGAAACCGAAAGUCUGAUCCUCUGUUCUUAGCUUCUGUGUGUGCGCGCGUGUGAUAUGACAGCUUCUAUGAGAAUAAUUCCAU